AUGCAAGUAUUAAAUUCUACUUUUAAAUUUCUAACUAUUUGCGGCUGUUGGCGACCGGAUUCUUGGACAUCAUCAUUUAAACGUAUAAUUUACCAUAUACAUACAUUCUUCGUGUUUGUAUUAAUAAAUACAUUUACCUUAUCACAAUUACUGGAUAUUAUUCUUACCGUCGAUAAUCCAGAUGAUUUUACUGAUAAUUUCUACAUGUUGCUUGCAAUGAUUGUUUCUUGUUGUAAAAUGCUUAGUAUGUUGCUGAAUCGUAAAAAUAUUGCAACAUUAACCAAUAUUCUUAUGGAGAAGCCAUGCAAACCACUGGAACCGGAAGAAAUGCAAAUUUAUCACAAAUUUGAUGAAAGUGUGCAAACAAAUACAAUACACUAUGCCAUUCUGGUUGAGACGACUGGUAUAUGCAUUACGUUAACAUCGUUACUCACGGACUUUAGAUCACGAACAUUGACAUUCAGAGCCUGGUUACCAUACGAUUAUUCAUCACCAGUCUUAUUUUAUAUUACAUACGCUCACCAAUUAAUAAGUUUAAUAGUCGGAUCUGUUCUUCAUAUUGCUUGCGACGGCUUGAUUAUUGGAUUUUUAGUGCAUAUUUGUUGUCAGAUCAAAAUAUUGGAAUCUCGUCUGAGAAGAAUAGCGCAUGAGCCUGAUAUUCUUUAUGAAUGCGUCCUGCAACACAAUCGUAUUUUUGACUUUGCCAUUAUGGUUAAUGCAAAAUUCAGAUUUACCAUUGCUGUUCAAUUUAUGGUGAGCACAUUGGUGAUGUGCUUCAAUCUAUAUCAAUUCACCAGAUCAACUACAUCAAACGCGAAAUAUGUUCAGCUGAUAUUAUAUAUGUGUAGCAUGCUGACUCAAAUCUUUUUUUAUUGCUGGUAUGGAAAUGAGGUGAAAACAAAGAGUCGACAACUCAUCGAUAAUAUUUUUAAAAUGAAAUGGUACAUGAUGGAUCAAAAUAUAAAAAAAGCUUUAUUAUUGAUUAUGAAACGUAGUAUAAUGCCCAUUGAAUUCACCAGCGCCUAUAUUGUUUCAAUGAAUCUUGAUUCUUUCGUAGGUUUGCUUAAAACAUCGUAUUCAGCUUAUAAUAUCUUGCAACAAAUAUAACAGAAAGUGGUAUAAUAUAAAC